AUUAUUUAAUUGACGAUUUUUAGAGAAUAUAUUAUAUAAAUAUGAAAAAUUCAUUUUAUGAAGUGUUUUAGUUGCUCCCCAUGUGAGAGAACAAGAAAAGUAUUAGGGUGUGCGAAAUGAUGACUUCACAUCAGAUGAUCUUCCAAUAGUAGGUUGUGGUUGUUCAAAACGUUUAUCAAUGUGAAAGAUGAACUUGCUUCAUUUUAUAUAUAAAUUAUACUUGUCGAAUAUCCUUUAUGUUAUAAGAAAUUCACCUGUGAAGGAUAUUAUGGUUCCAUGCAGUUGAAGUUAAUGUUUUUUCUAGAUUUUUUUAUGUUGCUUGCAUAUAUACUUUCUUACUUAUCGCAAAACACUUAAACAAUGCAAUUGGCCUGUAAAAAUAAUCUCAAUUGAGAAUUAAUUCCUACCGGCCCGCUUAUCAGUUAUUGUGACUAGAGAAUAGGUACCACUUUUCGAUUACAUGUGCUUUGCUGCGAGUAUUUGCAUUGCUCUCCACUCACACGCUCGAACGCUCUGCGUUUUAAAUUCGCUUAAGCGCACUUGCCUUAGUAUUAUCGGCAUUUGAGCCCAUCGUCACGCAGCAGAUUUUUUGCGACCACCUCACCGGUUUGUCUCACCGUUCGUUGUCCAUUCAUAGUCGAUGCCAGUAGCGCUCAGCUGCCGCUGCCGCUGCCGCUUUGUAUGUACAUCUGCCGUGUACUCGCGGCCUGCACAAUACAACACACACAGCGGCACGAUAAGCGCACACAAAUGUAGCUUGCUACCUCAUUAGCGUGUUUGUUGCCAUAAUGCUGCAAGAGGUGGGUCAGGGAGGAUCACCAAGCGAGCAACUGUGUGUGUGUGCGUGCAUAUAUGCCGCGUGCACUCUACUCGCUGUGCUCCACACCACCAUUCUUCGUAUGCCCGUGCUUUAUUGCCAUUUCUGUUUGUAUCUAAGUAUGUGUAUGUGCGUGUGUGCAUCUGCCACUGUCCGCGUGUUCCAGCUGCGAGUACGAGUGCGAGUACGACUAAUUUGUCUUUUUUAGUGUGUAUUUCUUUUAUUGUUUUUAUUAUUUUAUUCUUAUAUUAUAUUUUUGGUUGUGUGUUUUCACGCGCUGAGUACCCGUACGUCUAUAUACAUACAUUCGACUACUGCCUGUGGGCUUAGCUUAGCGUUUGGCGGUUGUUGUUGGCCUGCUAGCGGCUGGUUGGUUGUCUGACUGCUGGCGCUGCUGCUAAGGUUGCUUUUGCGUUUGAGCGCUUACUUGUCGAAGAGCUUUCGUGCUGAGCGGUUGCAGCAGCGUGAAUUGCUUGCUUUUGGUUUACUUUGUUUACCGAUUCGAUCGUUCGAUUAUUGUGUGUGUGGUGUGCGAUCCAGUAAGUUUGCCAUUCGCUAUUGUCGGUCGGUCGUUGUUGGCGGUGUCACGCGUUUUUCAGCGUUUCGCAGUUUACAAUUGAAUAAAUUGUACAAAUUUGUAUUAUUUAUUGCUGAAAAGAAAAAAAGUAACAACAAACAGUACUAAAAUUGUGAGUAAAAUAAUAACGUAUACAACAUACAUACAUACAUACAUACCGUACAUGAGCAUAGAUAUACAUAUGCCUGUGGGCCUGACUGUGUGCGGAUUAAUAAAACCUCAAUUAAGGCAAUAAUAUUUGUUUAAAACUACACCCAAAAAAAAAAAAACAAAUUCUGUGAGACAAUGAAAAGUGUUUGAGAAAACGAUAAAAAAAAACAACAACCACAGCGUAAUAGUUUUCAAUUAAACAAGUGAAGAAGGUACCUAACCAUAGUGACAAACAUACACAAAGUAAAGAAAAAUAUAAAUAUUUUCUAAGCGGAUUAGCUGAGGAAAAAGUGAAAUAAACGCGCUUCACUACAAACCUUACCAAAUACUGGGAGAAGGAAUUUGAUUAGCUGACAUCUGUGCUUAAAAAGGAAAUACGUCUCGGCCUUUUCACCAUUUAAAAGCUACUUUCACUAAAGUUCGCUACAUAAUCAGCUGAUUUGCGCAUCAUCUCUUCUUCGCUUGCAGAUAUCUACACCUCGCAGUUAUAUUUGAACGCUUUGGAACCAGUUGCUGCCGCAUCUAGUCACUAGAAACACACCACAAUGCAGCCGUUACGUACACACUCACGAGCUUUAAAGCUACCUAUAGUCUACGCCGCUUUGCUUCUACUCUGCUGUCUAUUUGUUGAGAGCUCCCCCGCGCCAAGCAAAGAAGUAAUUAGUACGGUAAAUGCUACAACUUCGGACAACAACAAUUACAACUGCCCAGCUGAUUGUCAAUGCGUUCUGGCGCAAAACACGCACACACCAGUGCUGCAUGCUAAAUGUACCAGUUUGGAGGGUUUGCGUUUGUACGAAGCCAAAGAAUCCUCACUGCCCAUACACUCGCUGGACUUGUCUUACCUGAAUUUGAAACGGUUGUCGCAUCCGCUGGAGAAGCUACCCAGCGUCACAUCGAUAGAUCUCUCGCACAAUGACCUCCACGAAUUCGGACAUUUGGGACGACGCAUUAAGAAGCUGAACCUCAAACACAAUCGCAUAACAUCGAGCAAAUUGGUCAAACUGCCGGCGCAUGUACAAGUGCUGAAUCUACAGCAUAACGACAUCACAUAUUUGCCGUUGGAUUUGACACGUCUGUCCAAUUUGAUGACACUCGAGUUGAGUCACAAUCAAAUUAAUUGCUCCUGCGAAACAUUGGAGGUGCGCAACUGGCUGCAGGAGCGUCACGUGUUCAUGGAACAUGCCGUCACUUGUACAUAUCCCGUUGAAGUUAAAGGUAAGUCGUGGUUGCAGGUCAAACAGUCCGACAUUUGUGAGCACGAGAAGAACGGACGCCUCAACGAUGAGGAGGAUAAUGAACUGAUGAUGGGCGAUCAGCCAGUUGAAGGUUCCGGUGACCAGGACGAUGAGGAUGAGUUGGGUAAGGCAUUUAUUCCAAUCGAGAAAGCAAGCACUGCGAAAACAAGUGUGACACAACUCGAUACUGUUGAGGGUUCAGGUGAUUUGAGUGAUGUGCCUGCGAACUUAGCCAUAACAACCGUUUUGCCAGCAGUGGAGAGUUCGCAAGAACAUGUUACAACCGAUGCGCCACCACUACCCAUCGAACAGGAAGAAGAUGGAGAUGAUGGUUCAGGCAGCGGUGCUGGCAUACUCAUCAUCCCCAGUAUUACACGCGAUCGCAUGAUCACAGAUGAUUUUGAAACACCCGAUGCGGAUGACACCGACGACGCAUUCGACAAUAAACCGGUGGAGGAACCUAAACCAGCAGAGCAAGAGGAGCAUGAACACAAGGAGGCAGCUGAUAUUUUCGGCACCGGUAUGGGCAUAUUCGAUACAGAUGAAAAUGGUGUGAAAAACACAAAAGCUCAAGAGCCGGUUACAGAGGAACCCAUUGUACCGGUUGUACACCAGAACGUUGAGGCAGAAGCUGUGCCCGACGUAAGUACCGAAGGCGCAACAAAUGGUGAACCUAGCGCCAUACUAACCGCUAAUGUGAGUGGCGAACAGAAGGACGACAGCAAUGCUACAUAUUUCCUAUUGGGCGUGCUUGGCUUCAUUGUAUUCGGCUUGAUACUAUAUGUGGGUAUCAAGCGGUGCAAAAACAAUAGUAAUGCCGCACACGAUGCUGAAAAUCCACGCCAAACCGAAUUACUCGACAUGGAUAAAAAGAAUUUGGGCAAACCCUUGCGUAAUGGCAACGAGCAUUCGCCACUCAUUGGCGAUCAAACCAAAUCUGAUCUCGCGAAACCGAUCAAUGGCACCGGACAAAAGAAACCCUACGACGCGAACGAUGUAAAAGAUGGUCCCGCCCAACAACAGCCACUGCUGAACGGCAGCAAUGGCACAUCGCCAAACGAUCAAGUGAGCAAAGAGCAGGCGGCACCUGUGACCGAGGCGUCCGCACCACAUGAAUAUCAUCCGAUAACACCGCGUUACCCCACACCGAAGUCGCCACGUGCCUCCAAAUAUGCACAAUACCCACAAGAGGGUGCCGAGCACAACAACAACAACAACAAUGAUGACAGUUAUCUGCCUUCGUCGCCGAAAUUGGGCCGUUACUCGCCAGUGUAUUCACCAGAAACGGGACGCGUCAAAAUCAAGCUGACCGAAACACCCCGCCCCAAAACACCAAUGUUGGUUACGCGUAGCAAAUCGAACGCUGGCGAUAUCAUAACAACGCCUGUAACGGCAACGAACGGCAUUGAUAACACUCUGACUGUGCCCGGCGUGCAUGCGCCCACGGCGACGCUGGUAAAUGGCCACUAAACGGUGUGGUGUGGCGCGAUGUGUUACGUUGAAAAGUGUGCGACGAGCCGAACACGUGUGCUGCCGUUCGCGUCCAAAACGGUGCUAAACGAACUAUAAGCUACGAAAUUAGAAUAAAAAAUAAAAUAAAAACAACAACAAAAAACUAACAUCUUGCAGCGCAAAUUGUAUAGGGAAGGACUUUUCUAAAGUGUAUACAAUUCAGGUAGAAAGAAAGGUUUAAGUAGGCAUGCAAGCGUCUAGUUUGUAAGGAGGUGUAAAGGGGGCUUACUGACAUUGUGGCCGUCUAAAGUUCGUGGUUAAGUAGCUGCUAUAAGUAAAAUUUUCUGCAGUUUCGGCUCGUGCGCGGCAUUUGUGCUUUGUUGGCGUUCUUGUGCGAGCUUAGUAUAUGUAGUACAUACAUAUGUUAGAUUAUAAUUAUCAACUUGUGACACUAACAAAUUUUGCACUUUAAAAUCGUAUACUUUUAAAUCACUUUUAUUUAAUUUUUUUAAUAAAUUUUUUUUUUUGUAAACAAACUUUUAUUUGCCACUGUAAUAAAUGUAUAACUACUGUGGGGAAAGAGAGAACAAGUGUGCCAAGGAAUUGUGCCUUAAAAAAGUUGUUUGCAAAUUAAGUAGUAACUGUAUAUAUACCAGUCAAACAACAACAACAACAACACAAUAUUAUUGAAUAAGGAGAAGACAUUGCUUUUAAGUAUUAAAUAUUUUACUAAAAUUGCUCAGCAAAAUAAGCUUCUAAAGAAUAUGUUGACAUGUUCUUAUAUAUACAAGUAUAUAGUUAAAUACAUAUUUCUGAUCAUAUCUAAAGAUAUUACAACUA